CAGCUCAACUUUUCUGCCGCUGAAGUUACUUGUUUACAGCUAGCUGCUCCAUACAUGCUGGAUUUUCAAUAGAACUUCCCAAGGUAAACGAAGCGUAGCAGGGCCAUCGCUUCUCCCGUAUAAAAAGCCCAGGUGAGCCAAAAUUUGAUCUUAGUUGGUGGUGAUUGAUGCUCUGUCCACAUGCCUCCGGAGACCACAUGAAAUUAUCUGUGGAUUCUUCUUUUGCGGCUCUUAUUUGAUUUAUAUCAUGCAACAAGCUCGUUCAUCCAGAGCCCGUCUUCAACUUGUUGCGCUGGUUUGACACACACUUCAUGCAAGAGCCGUGGUCUCCAGCAAGUUGACUUUCUGUACGUGUAUGCCAGCGAACGUCUUCACUCUUCGUAUUCGUAGACUGGAGUUUUCCUAGGAUAUAAAUAAUAUUAUUUUGUUCGUCUUUAAUUCAACGUCGACAUUUUGAGGUGCUACUUCGCGUUAGCCUCAUCGCCACACGUACAGAAGCCGAGUAAUUCCUGGUCGACGUCGAGUUCGACCUCCAACAAGAGCCGCGCGGCUGAGCAUCAAUCAUGGCGUCUAUGCACUGUUCGUUCCCUCCAGACUUUCAUCAACUGCAGCCUCGUCCCAGCAUGCAUCUGGACGAAUGCUGCCAAGUUCCUGAUGUGAUGAACCGUAAAAGGAGGCCCCACAAGCUUAUCAUACAGAAGCUUGGAUACCAAGACGGUCUACACUCUAAAGAUCUGACGAGGUAUAACAUUAUGAUUGGCGGUCCGGAGGCAUUGAGAAUCAAAACAGAACCAAAGGCACAAGAAGUCCCCACGGGUUUUGAGCUUCCGGACGAACUCUCAGGGAACCCCAUAGAUCUCCAUCCAGCCGUCCCACCACCAACGCCAGGCACUAACGCUCUGAUGAAUGCAUGCCUCAGAGAAAGCUUUAGCAGCUUCAAGAAGGAACAAGAAAGGCUUGGAAUCCCAAAAGAUCCGUCUCGAUGGUCCGAAUGUCAGGUUGUAGCCUGGGUGCACUGGUCCAUCAAGGAGUUCAGUCUAGAGGGAGUGUCCAUCAACAACUUCCGAAUCAGCGGCCGCGACCUCUGCACCCUCCCGAAGACAGACUUCCUGAGUAGGGCGCCCCCUUUCAUGGGCGACAUCCUCUGGGAGCACAUCGACAUGCUCCGUAAAGAAUGUGAUCCAGCCAACGUUCCAGCCCAGUCCUCCUCAUCCUCCACCUCCACAUCCUCCUCAUCGUCUACUGCAUCUCCGCCCGUCUCCGUUACCACGACAACCACAACGACAGCCUCAUCUUCUUCUUCGUUACAGUCCAUCAAACUGGAGAACGUCAGCUCUGGCUAUCUCAACACAACAUCGUGUAUGCCCAGAUUAGAUGACUUCUUAGCACAAGGUUUCUCUGUAGAUCAACCACAAGCCGUACCCGUCUCGGCGCCCCAGUGCAGCGGCUUCAGCGACGGCAUGUACCAGGUUUCAGAGUCCCUGCAGACCCUCAACGAAUUCAAUGCUGAAGACAUCCUGAAUAUCAAGCAGGAGGAUACCGGUAGCAGCUCGGACUACUACAGCCUCGAAUCCUCACCAAACUCCAACCAGCAUUUCCUGGAGACACCGACGCCAGAGAUCUACAACAACCCUCACAUUUACGACCCUCCAAUGCCAUACUUCAACAACGGACACAGUACAUAUAAAGGCAACCAGUUCACAUCCUAUGAAUCUUAUGAAGGGCAUGCCCCGUCCGGCCCCGCCCCCUACCAACAGGUCCCGCGCUCCCUGUCCGACAGCUGCACAAGCUCCGAUUUAGGGAGUAUCGGAGGGGCGUCGCGGUCCGAUUCACCCCUCGCAGGCGAAGUGGUCUCGAACCCUGUUAUCCCUGCAGCUGUACUAGCUGGGUAUUCCGGAAGUGGUCCUAUCCAACUAUGGCAGUUUCUCCUGGAGCUUCUGACCGAUAAGACAUGCCAGCACAUCAUCAGCUGGACCGGAGACGGCUGGGAAUUCAAGCUGUCCGACCCGGACGAGGUCGCCAGAAGGUGGGGCAAGCGCAAAAACAAACCCAAGAUGAACUACGAGAAGCUUAGCCGAGGACUGCGCUACUACUAUGACAAGAACAUCAUCCAUAAGACGGCGGGCAAGCGCUACGUCUACCGCUUCGUCUGUGACCUGCAGAGCCUUCUGGGAUACACGCCCGAGGAGCUGCACGAGAUGGUCGGCGUCAACCCUGCACGCGACGAUGACUGAGAAUCCUGCGAUGUGCACCGCGCAAGAAUACCGGACUUGUGUGAAAUGUUGAAGUUGCGUAUUAGACAGAGGACAUGACUGUUGCGUAAAGUUUAUCGCAUUCUAUUUUUGAAAGAAAGUUAUUCAUUGGUAGAGGAUAUAUUCAUGUGGUGAGGAGUGUCGCUUUUCCUCGUGUAGAGACAUUACACAUUUGUUAUUACACAUUUGUUGUAAUCGAACUCGUGAAAUUCGUGAAAUUCCGCCAGAGUCCUCUAAAUUUGUACAUGCAUCUCUUCAGAAAUUUAAUUAGCAGCAGUGCAAUUUCAAUAAUUCAGAAGCAUGCACUUUUUUUAUCUGUAUAGGUUGAGAGUUUGCAGAAUGUUAGAUAAAGUAGCAUUCGAAUCUGCCAUUAAAUUCGUCCAAGUAUGUCUUUUAUGCCUUAAUUUUUAAGCUAUUGAGAAGGAUUUUAAAUGAAAUGAAAUUUUGACAAUUCUUAAUCCUUUUAUGAGGUUAAAGCCUACAAAACUGUACUUAAUCGUGUAUAAAUUUAAUGCUUACAUGUUGCAUGCUUUUUCAUAUUUUUGUGAAGAAAAAAAAACUUUGAUAUGUCAUCUGGAAUGACAUUUUGGAAUCCAACCAGUUCUCUCCUUUUUAAAGUGAAAAUUGAAAAUGUACUAUUAUAGUUAUUAAAGUCCUAUGCAUUUCCUGUAGUUUUAAAAUAGUAGAUGAAAAAGAGAGCCAGCAACUUAUUUUUGUCAUGCGAAAAUGUCUGAAAGUGCUUUUUGAAGACGAGUCAUGUUUAUACCUACUUCAGUUUUUAUUCCACUUGCAAGAACAUUCAUGUGACCAAACUUUUUUUAUCGCUUGCUGCCUGAACGAAUGAAUAUUAUGACCAGGCUGAAUUAGGUGGUGUGAGACAAGGUUCGUUCCUUGAAAGCCAGCAACUUGCAAUAUAUGAUUUAAUUCAAACCUUUUGAUUUACAUUCGUUAGAAGUACAUUCCAAAGUCGUCUGCAUCGUAGUUUUAUUCUCUUUUUUUCUUUUGUUAAAAAUGACCAGUGGUUUUCAUGUUCAAUUGCAAUCACAUUCCUUGUGGGUUUAUGAACAUGAUAUACCAAUUUGAUGCAAGCUAUUUUUUUUUUAAUCAUCUCCUCUGAAUGAUGAACAAAAAGGUGCUACAGUGUAUUAGUAUGUUUUACCUUUGUGAUAUAUUUGUUUGUGUUAUCUUUCACGAGGGCUGAUCCCUUAUGGGCUUUGUGCAAAAGUUGUGUACGACUUUUUUUGUAUUAUAUUUUGUUUCUAGGUAUCAUGCAGAAUGUUGAGAUAUACCAAACCUAAUGUUAGGAUGGUGAAUCCAGGCUUUUGUUUUAAUAAUUUAUUUUUGUGCAUAUUGGUUCAACUGCUCAUGUGGGUAGAACAUCUGAUUUAGUCUACAUGUUUGUGUGCAUGCACAAGCUUUUUUCUUGUAUUAUGGUGUACUAGCAUCUAGCUUCAUAACUCUUUAGGACCUGGUGUCUGUAAAGCACCGGAUAUUGGUCUUAGCGUCUUACACUCAGCGUUUUUCAUAAUACCGAUACAAUUUGCUAGCACCAGAUUUUGGUGUUGGCGUCUUACACUCGACUUUCUUCUUAAUAUCGAUACAAUUUAUUAGUGUUGGGGAAGAGUGAUGUCAAACUGCUUUAGUGAGUACUUAAGCUUUUGUGGAUCACUCAACGCUAUCCUUGGCAAAUAUGGGAUCAUCCAUUACCAUACAAAAGCAUGCAUGUGUGCAUCUUUAUGGUAUCAUUGAGGGCUUAGAGUAGGCUAUAUGCAUUCCCAAUUGAGCUUGGGUAAAACGCAUCCAGUUUUCUCAAAUCUUCUUCUGCUGCUUAUGCGAGGGGCGAAGAAUGUAAUUUUGUCCAAACUUGCCAUUUUAAAGUACCAUGGAGUUUUAUCUGAUUUAGUACAAAGUGGGAUGUGUAUUUGAAGACAUAAGUUCAGCAGAAAUGUACCUAACUACUAGAAAGAUGAUGUGUUUUAUCAUUUUUAAACAAGGAAACUUUUGAUCUGCGCACCUUUAAAACUUGCCUAAUUGUGCUAGAAUGAAAAGUAUAUUUUCCAUUUGGUUGAUUUAUUUUUUUCGUCUUCACAUCCAUGUGCCUUGGUGUCGAUUCACAGGAAGAAAAAAUAUGCCUUCUAGAAAAACGUACUGCAGAAGUUUACGAUAUUUGUAGAUUGUAGCCAGAGAAAGAACAAGGUUUUGAAAGCACUUUUUUAUAUUUGUACUUACAUCAGUUUUGUGUAUAGAAGGUGGCCCAUGCUUCGUAUUGGCUGUAAAUGUACAUGUAUUUCGUAAUGUGAGAGAGAGAGGGGGAGGGAGAGAGAGAGAGAGAGAGAGAGAUAAAGAGAAUGAUAGUGUAGCAAGAAAAGCCUUUUUGUGUACACAUGUGUUUUCUAGAGAGUGCAAUUUGUGCUUUUUGUAAAUGCGCGAGUGACUGAGAUGGAAAGAGAAACAAAAAUGAGUGAGAAUUCAUGAAAUUGUAUGAUAAUUGUAACAUGGUGGAUUUUAAAGACUGAGCAAUUAGUGCUCUAUUGUGUUAACAGAAUUUUUAAAAUCCAUAUUUGUUUAUGGGUACUGAGUGAUGAUAACAACUGUAUGUAAUGGGAUCUGACAUGAAGAGUGCCAUUAAAUGUAUUGUAAAUAGGAACAAUUGUACCAAUGGUGCGCCUUGUAUAAAAACAUAAGAGAAUGAAAGGGGAAAAACUAGAAAUUCAGUCGCCUUUGUUGUAAAAUAAGCUUUUUGACACACUAGAAGAAAAUGAUUGUAUUUUUCACAAUUUUUGUAAGUAUUGUUUAUAUUUCUGUUUCUACACACAGACCGUAGAUGGUCAAAGAUGAUGAAUAUUUUGCUUUGAGUUCUAUAGUGGUGUUUUAUAGUGCUGGCACUGUUUUUCACCUGUUUGAAUUAUUUUUUUUCUGACUGUGAAAAGUCCUUUUAUGUCCUUUUAUUUUAAGGCAAAACAGAAGUAAUGUUAUCUCAAUAUGUUGUUUCUGUAAUACCUGAAAAUGCUUUAAAAAUAUGAACUUCAUUUCAAAUACCCUGAAACAUUCAUCCUCCAAUAUUACAUACGGUGGAAGCUGAAGAACUCACAUGUUCUGUCUAUAAAAGAUAACGAGGUAUACAUCAUUGUUUAAAAGAGAAGAUUUUGUGUUUUUCUUAAUGUAUUGAAACCAAAGUAAACUACAUGGAUACCACACUAUGCACACAAGUGUUAUGUUAAGUCUCGGUAACAUAUUAUUUAUAUUUUUAUUUUUUAGAGGAUUGAGUUAGAUUGGUUAAUAUGCCUUGAUCAAUUGUUUUUGUUAUUGUGUUUACUUCUCACGGUUCUGUUGACGUCAAUGUGUUUUCAGACGUGGACGGUGAAAAAAAUAAAAUUGUGAAAUGUCGACGUAAA